UGAUAAUAAAACAUAUGAUGUAAUUUAAACAAUAACAUAAAAAUAAUAAUAAAAACUUAAAUAAAAUGUUAAUAAAUGACAGAAUCUGUUGGCAUUGAAUCCAAAAGUGAACAAAUUUGCGAAAAUAGUUCCCACUUUUGAGACCAAAAACAACAAAAAGCAUUGGAAGAGAAACCGCGACAAGAAUUGUAACUCGUGCGUUAGUUUGAAGAAUAAUUUCGAUGACAUAAAACACACGACACUUAGCGAGAGGGGAGCGCUCCGGGAGGCGGCCCGAUGUCUCAAGUGCGCCGACGCCCCCUGUCAGAAGGGGUGCCCCACACAACUCGAUAUUAAGGCAUUCAUAUCGAUGAUCGCCAAUAAGAACUAUUACGGAGCGGCCAAAGAGAUAUUGUCGGACAACCCGUUGGGCCUGACGUGCGGAAUGGUGUGUCCGACCAGUGAUCUGUGUGUCGGCGGCUGUAAUCUGUACGCGACAGAGGAGGGGCCCAUCAAUAUCGGAGGUCUGCAGCAGUUUGCCACAGAGGUGUUCAAAGAGAUGAAUGUAUCGCAGAUACGAUCACCACAUUUGCCGCCCAUAGAGGCCCUCCCGGAGUCAUAUAAGUCGCGUAUAGCGCUGAUAGGUUGCGGUCCGGCCAGCAUUAGUUGUGCCACAUUUCUGGCUCGACUCGGCUAUCAAGACGUGACUGUUUUGGAGAGGAGACCAUUCAUUGGUGGCCUGAGUUCGGCCGAAAUACCGCAAUACCGGCUGCCGUACAAAGUGGUCGCUUUUGAGAUCGACUUAAUGCGUGAUUUGGGCGUUAAGAUUGAGACCAACCGAUCCCUCGGCGCCGACUAUACCGUCCGAUCGCUGCGAACUGAACACAACUAUGAAUGCGUUUUUGUUGGCAUCGGUUUACCCGAAGCAAAACGUCUGGACAUGUUUGACGGUCUGACGCCCGACAAUGGCUUUUAUACGUCCAAAGACUUUUUGCCGGUCGUGUCCGCAGCCAGUAAACCAGGGAUGUGCUCAUGUAGUACCGGAGCUAAGCUGCCGGAGCUGUUUGGCAAUGUGCUGGUGUUGGGCGCCGGCGAUACGGCCUUUGAUUGCGCCACUUCUGCCCUCAGAUGCGGCGCCAAACGUGUGUUUGUUAUCUUCCGCCGCGGAUUUACUAACAUUAGAGCCGUUCCCGAAGAGAUGGAAUUGGCUCGCGAGGAGAGGUGCGAAUUCCUGCCAUUCCUUUCGCCAAAGAAGCUGAACGUCAAGAAUGAUCGCAUCGUUUCCAUUGAGUUCUUGCGCACAGAAGUGGACGACAGCGGGAACUGUGUUGAAGACAGCGAACAACCGGUGACACUGAGGGCCGACUUUGUUAUCUCAGCCUUCGGUUCGGGAGUGUUUGACCCGACAGUUGUCGAGGCUUUGGAGCCGUUGGCGCUCACCAAAUACGGGCAGCCGAUUGUGGACAAGAAGACAAUGGCCACCAGCGAGGAGUGGGUGUUCGCCGGCGGCGAUAUCGCCGGUGUGUCCGAGACUACGGUGGAGGCCGUGAACGACGGCAAGACUGCCGCUUAUAAUAUGCAUAAAUACAUACAAAACAAACACAAUGUGUCGGUCGGGCCGAUGGCGGCCGAAAUGCCCCGCUUUUACACCGCAAUAGAUUUGGUGGACAUCUCGGUUGAGAUGUGUGGACUCAAGUUUAAGAAUCCGUUUGGUUUGGCGAGCGCUCCGCCGACCACAAGCGGACCAAUGAUACGGCGAGCGUUUGAGUCCGGCUGGGCUUUCGCGCUCACCAAGACGUUCGGUCUGGACAAGGAUCUGGUGACCAAUGUGUCCCCUCGUAUAGUGCGGGGCACCACCUCUGGCCACAUGUACGGCCCCGGAAUGGGUUCCUUCUUAAACAUAGAGCUGAUCAGUGAGAAGACGUGCGAGUAUUGGUACCAAACCAUCGCCGAUCUGAAGAGGGAUUUUCCCGACAAUAUCCUCAUCGCCAGUAUUAUGGCUCCGUUUGUCAAAGAGGAUUGGCUUGAGUUGGCCCGAAGAGCACAGGCGGCCGGUGCCGAUGCGAUUGAGCUUAAUCUUAGCUGCCCACACGGUAUGGGUGAGAGGGGUAUGGGUUUGGCGUGUGGACAGGAUCCAGAAUUGGUGCGAAACAUAUGUCUUUGGGUUCGGGAAGCGGUGACAAUACCCUUCUUUGCCAAACUGACGCCAAACGUGACCGAUAUUGUAGACAUCGCUGUCGCCGCUAAACAGGGAAAAGCGGAUGGAGUGACGGCCACUAACACUGUGUCGGGUCUGAUGGACCUGAAAGGAAACGGCACCCCCUGGCCAGCGGUAGGCAUACAAAAGCGGACUACUUAUGGCGGAGUGUCCGGCAAUGCUAUCCGACCGCAAGCGCUGAGAGCCGUGUCGGCCAUCGCCAGAGCUUUGCCCGGUUUCCCAGUAUUAGCGACGGGUGGUAUCGAUUCGGCCGACGCGGGCCUACAGUUCAUAUACGCCGGCGCUUCUGUCUUACAGAUUUGCAGUUCUGUCCAAAACCAAGACUUCACAGUCAUUGAUGACUAUAUAACGGGACUCAAGACGUCUCUAUAUGUGAGAAGUGUGGCUGAGAUGUCCGACUGGAACGGACAGUCGCCGCCGACGCCCCGACACCAGAAGGGAAAACCAAUUCACGAGUUUGACCAGAAAUUACCCGAUUUUGGUCCCUAUAAGACACAACGAGAGCAACAGAUUGUGGAUUUGAAACUCAAGUCUAAUUUAUUGAGGGAUGACUUAAAGCCUCCCAAAGAGAGACCGAUAAACAAACCGACGGGAGAUGUGAUGAAAAUUAAUGAUUUGAUCGGAUUAUCUCUGCCAAGAAUCGGGACAUUUGCUGAUUUGGAUACAAAGUUACAGAAAGUGGCGCUCAUUGAUCAGGAUAUGUGCAUAAAUUGUGGCAAAUGUUACAUGACUUGCAAUGACUCGGGCUAUCAGGCGAUCACUUUUAAUGCCGAAACCCAUUUGCCGACCGUUACUGACGACUGCACGGGUUGUACGCUAUGUCUUAGCGUCUGUCCGAUCAUUGAUUGCGUAACAAUGGUUGAGAAGACUAUUCCUCAUUACCCGAAACGGGGUAUUCCCGUGAAGGGAGUGGUCAACAAUCCCCGCAAAAUUAGUUUCCCUCUAUUAGCCCAAUGAUGGCAAUCACAGGCCAUCCAUACAGACAAUACACGAUUGCUGUUCAUUAUAUCGAUAUUCAAUUUAUAUAUUUUACAUUAUUAUUCAAUAAAUAUGUUUUACAAUUG